AUGGCCGUUAAAACUAAUAGACAGCUACUUACAAAAGGGAAAGAUUAUGCUGCUAAACAACAGAGAAAGUUUGGUACUGAUGAAGUCAGUUUUGAUAAAGACUCAAGAUUGGAUUAUCUAACAGGGUUCCACAAACGUAAAUUACAGAGACAGAAAAAGGCUCAGGAGAGUAUUAAAGAGCAGGAAAGAUUAUUAAAGAUUGAAGGGCGUAAAAAAGUUCGUGAUGAAAAGAAGAAGCAGAUGGAUGAACAAAUGCGUAGGUUCAAAGAAACUUUAGACAUUCAGGCUGAAAUAGAAGAACUACGGGAUGGUAAAAAUGGUAAAAGUGAACGUGAGGUUCAGGACAAUGAUUCAGAUAAUUCGUGGAAUGGAUUUGAAGAUGAUGACAGUGAUGAUGAUUCAGUGAAACCAAUUCUUAAAACGAAUUCUCUCGGGACGGCUAUUUAUGAAGAUGAUACAACCGUUGAAAUUGAGUCAUUGGAACCAAAUGAAAAUUUUGCAUUCUUAGCUAAGACUAACAAUGUCGAACUAGAGAAAUCUGAAAAAAUACUAGACCAAAGCAUAACGAGAGCUAAGAAAUAUGCAAAGUUUUUAGGUAUGGAUGAUUCUAAGGACAAGAAGAAGUCUAAGAAGAAGUUUAGAUAUUUAACUAAAAAUGAAAGAAAGAACAAUCAAAGGAAGGCAUAUCAAAAUAAACAUAGAAGAUAG